AUGCCUCCUCCGAUCAAUCCCGUCGGCGCAUGCCCCUCUGCGCCCCCAUCAUCCGCCUCUCGACCGCCCUAUCGAGCGGCCCACUUUGCGUUGACUGCAGGCUACCGAGGCGACGGUGGCCCCGCACCAUUCCUUGGACGGCUUAUCCCGGCUUUGCACCUCCCUGGACCUCCCCAGAAGGUCUUCAGCGGCUCCUCCCUGACGGGCGCGGCCGCUCACCAGAGGGUGGCGCGCCUGUCUAUGUCUCAGGCGCCUCUAUCCUCUCGCCAGUCGUCAACGGCGAAUGUACCACAACCUGCGCCUGCGCCUAAGAAGCAAUCACUCAGGAUGGCCAAGGCAGUUACGGCGAGGAGGAGGUACGAGCAGCAGCGGGAUGUCGCAAAGCAUCGAGCGAUCUUACCCAAGACUUCGGAUUCACUGCCGCCGGAUGGGAGCCAGGCGAGAAAGCCGAGAUAGAUUUCUACGCUCGUUCCACAGGGGGGAGUAACGCCCCCCGAUAAGACUAACACC